GCUCUGGGGACCAGCACAGGCUGAUGGUGGAGGCACACUGGUGGUAUGGAGGAGCAUCCUGCAGUGCUCCUGUCGGCCAGUAGGAGACGCUGCAGUUUCCUCUCAGCCCUUUUAACGGACGCUCCUCAGAGCGGAACAUGUCCCUCGUUGGUCAAAGCAACAUGGUGUCAUCCUGUAGGCAAUGUGACUGUAAACAAGCGUCUCACCUCUCAAACCAAAGGUCCCGUGUUUCUGUGUGAGCCGCUGCUGUCUCUAGGGUUUCAUGGCUCUGCGGCUUUUUGGACGUUGCCUCAGAGACGCCGCCAUCUUGUCCAGGCCGCUCGUCGUGUCUGGUCCACAGGAGUCUGCGUCAUGGCUCCUCACUGCAGGAAAUGCUGCCUGCAGCCGAGGAAGGAGGAACGGAUUUAUCUUCACUCCUGCUUGUUUUAUUACAUCAGAGGCAUUUCUCAACAGACUGAUGAAAGGCCAAAGCAGCCAGACGGCAACAUUUAAUCGCCUUCCAGCCUCAGUUCCACCAGAUAGCGGUGAAAAGUUAUCAUUGUUGCUGAGACAUCCAGAUCAGCCUGAUGACUCCAAGGUUUUGAAAGUGGCUAUAAUAGGUGCUCCAAAUGCUGGGAAAUCCACGCUGACCAACCAGCUCCUUGGCAGAAAGGUGUUUGCUGUAUCCAAGAAAGUACACACCACCCGCUCACGAGCACUCGGUGUCCUGACAGAGAAGGAUACACAAAUAGUUUUACUGGACACUCCUGGUCUCACAACCCCGUCAAAGGUCAAAAGACACCAGCUGGAGAAGUCUUUGCUUGUAGAUCCUUGGAGUAGUAAAGAAGCCGACCUAAUGGUAAUCAUGGUGGAUGUGGCAGACAGAUGGAUGUGCAGCAAGCUUGACUUCGAGGUGCUGAAAUGUCUGGCCGAGCACCCGCACAUCCCAGCGAUCCUUGUCCUCAAUAAGGUGGACCAGGUGUAGGCUAGGACAGGAUGCUGGACAUCACAAGCACAGCUGACGUGUGAGUGGUGAAUGGACAUAGAAUGCGGGUCAGGCCAGUAAUCAAGCCUCCAUGGGCUGAAAGAGGUCAGAGAAGGAUUCAGAGUUAUCGUUUGAUGAAGAAACACGGUACACGAGGACAGCACAAGCCAACUCUACACUGAGCAAAGACAGCUGAAUGUGCUGAGGAGCCAGCAGGGCUGGCCCUCACUUCAAAGACGUCUUCAUGCUGUCCUCUGUGGAGAGAGAGGACGUGGAGACGCUGAAGAGGUACUUUAUGGUUGCAGCUAAACCAGGAUCAUGGCAGUACCACAGUGAAGUCCUGACUGAUCAGAGUCCGGAGGACAUCUGCACCAACACCAUCCGAGAAAAGCUUCUGGAGUAUCUGCCCCAGGAAGUGCCCUAUUCAGAUGACACAGGUGACUAGUGAACCAUGUUUGCGGGGGCACUCCUAAGUCACAGUGUGAUGACAAGCUGACGGCAAACUGUCGACUCCCGUCACAUCUCACUGCUGAUGCUGUUGCCUAUUUAAGGUCCAGCAUUCGUUCUAUCGUGUUGACGUGAUGCAGUUACUGACUCCAGCUCCACCUGCUUCAUUUGUGCUUUUCAAUGUGCAGGCUUGAGGGUCAUUAUGUCAUUUCAAAUUCUGGGUAUAUUUUCUUUGUUCUUUUCAAGCUGUUUAUCAUGUUGAACUGUAUUUACAGCUAUUGUAAUAUUCCUGCCCCCACGAGUGGAGAAUCGCACCAAAACUUAACUGUGUUCUCGAUCAGUUACUAUCAGGACUGUUGUUAUAUGGAGUAACUGCUUUGGCUUUUCUAGAGAUAAGUACAUCUCUAACAUAAAAAUGUCUCUGUUUUCAGUCUGUUGAACUCUGGCAAGAUAGAGAAGAUGAUCAGCUCGAUAUUUCUGUGAAACUUUACGCCAAGAAAGAAACUCACGUGAGGAUGGUGAUCGGCACGGCCGGCCAGAUGGUGGCACGAAUUGCCCAAGAGGCGAGUGAAGACCUGAGUAAAAUCUACCUGAGGGAAGUAAAGCUGAAGAUCUCAGUCAAGCUGAGAAAGUGAAGAGGAUGGAAGGACUUUUAUGGGGACAUUCUGAGGAGGUGGAAACAGAUCCUCCUGGAUUUGAGAUGUAUUUUUACUGUGCAAAGGACAGACCUUGAGUUGACUGAGGGAUAAGAUGUCAUCAUGAGUGUAACGUGGAGCUGUCAGGUGGCAUCUUCAGCACCCACACAACUCUCACUGACCUGUUCUAUCUGUAGAGUGGAACUUGUAGUUUGUGUUGUGACUUUUGCAUCAUCUGUCUUUAUGCAUCAGCAGCAUCCUUUCAUACAGUCACAGGAAACAUUAUUAAACAUUUAUGUAGAGCUGUUACCUAGGAGAUGCUGCUCUGAUAGUGGUGGGCAAACAUGCUUCAACUUCAUGGAGAAGUCUAAAUGUUGAUUAAACACAGCUCACACAAGUUGCAGAAAAAACUAAUGAAUUAUUGGCUCUUAUUUAGCAGUGAUAUAUUUUUGGAAACGAACAUGACACAGCCUCUCAUCAAAUGGAUGUUUUGACACAAGUUUGACUGUGUUCAUGGCUGAGCAGGUUUGGCGAGCUGGGAAAAGGCCGAUGGUUUAUCUUUGGCUCUCAGAGCUUUUUACUUGGCCAACAUGUAGAUAAACUAAAGCAGGACCUGCACAGUCAUGUUCACUCAAACGUCCCUGAUGCACCACUUUAGCUUUCUCCGCUGCCUUUGAAGUGUGGCCAUCCGUCCCUGUGACUCUCACUUUUUGUUCUGCUGCUUUCUUCCUUUUUCCCCCCUCUCUUCUCCCUCUUUACCCAACCACCCUCACCCCUCUUCUCCCUCCCUCUGCUUUUUUGGCUCUUAUAAAGCCCAGCUCUGCCCCUGAGGGCUGAAUUGUCUCCCUAAUGGAUGGCAAAAUGGAGCACUAACCUGAUGCUAAAAUGGGUCAGAUAAUGGUGAUUAGAUUCCUUCCUGCUGCCUGUGAGUUAACUCAACGGCUACUCUAUCCGGGGCAUCUUGAUGAAUAACCAGCAACUGGCCUAAAGCGAGUGAAGGAGGGAGAGGCCUUGAAUGUCUCACAGAAGCUGUGUCAGCCCCUCCAGCUUUUUCUGCCUGCUCUCUACAACGUCUGCUUCCCAGUGAUUAGACAAGCUGGUUGCACAGCAGAGAUCGCCACUUAGACAAGCCAACUGCAGCUCCAAAGUAUUAAAGCCGGUGUACGUCAGCCGGCGCGUUAAAGUAAUCCUUCAAACACGAGAUGUUUAGAAUGCUGAUACCCUGCUUUAGAUGAGGUUGUACCAAAAAUAACGAGGCGCUCAUUUUUAGAACAGUAAGCUUUAUUUUACAUGCAUCUCAAAACUGGAAUCAAAACAUGUCUUCCAGAAGCUCAUGAAUAUCACAUCAGCCACCAGCUUCUCCUUUUCCUUCCUCGUCUAGAUGACAUUGAGCGAAGGCCGUAUAACCCUUACCAUUACUAAAACUCAGUAAUGGUAACGGUUUGACGGCCUUCCUCUGCAGCGUGUUCAGUCUUCAGUCAGUCAGGUCUGAGUGUGGCUGAUAGCGGCAGGGGGGAUGAAACCCUGGAUAGUACAUCAUCUAUACUGUAGUGUCUCUUUAAUAAACUUACAGUAUAAGAUGAUAUCCUGUCCAGGGCACAAGACAAAACCGAGAGCAGUGAGGUCUGGCUGUGUUUGUGAUCUGCAAGACAAAGGUAGACGACUCAUUAGCGAUGCACGCAGAAAAGGUCAAAAUGUUAAUAGUGUGGAAAACAAUGCUAUUAGAAGGGAAUUCCCUUUUCGUUAGAGGUUACUGUCACCUGCUGCAGCGCCUCGAGGCCUCGCUAACCUCCCACUUCCCACACUCACCUCUUUGCAUGCAGUUGUAUCUUUCCCUCACAUGUGUUGCGUCUGCUUCACGGUCUUCUAACUGGUCUCGAUGCUGGUCUGCGGCACUUAAAGGACCCCCCCUGCCUCAUUAGCAUACAGUGAUGACAUCUCGGGUGGACCAGACGACACUUUUCCUUAUCUGGUUCUGACCUGAUUGCCUCUGUCCAGCGAUGGUCCACACCCUUACUACACCCGGCUGGACUUUAUAGCAAAAACGAACGUGAAUCCAUUUGUAUUUUCACUGCAGAUACUGUUCUUUUAGAAGAAAUGUAGUGGGCAAACGCAACAUAAGCUAUAUCAGGAAAGAGUUAAUUAAUUGCCAUUUCAUUUUCAGGGAUUUAUAACACCAACUUGCUCUAAAGCUGACAUUUAGCAGGAGCAAUAUAAAUACAUAUUACACAUGUUCUUCCACUUUACAGAAUUUCCUUCAGUUUGACCUUCAUCAUACAUGGCUAAUUAAAAGAACCCAGCAGUCAGCCGAAACACAGUCCCUCCAUCAUCUUUUAAAAAAGCUUGGAACUUUAUCUCACCGUGUGGUAAUAAAUCUAAUGUUCACCAUCCCUUCAAUCCUCCCAGUCUCACAGCCCUUGGAUUUAUGUGCGAUGGUUUCAUGGAUUGGAAUUUAAUACUCCGAUAUGUCAGCUGAUGUCAUGUUAUCUGACUUAUUAAACGCGGUGUAUUUCUUUUUCAUACGCUCAGCUAGCUUGCAGGAUAUGGAGAGCUGAGAUGUAUUUUUUUAUUAGAUAUGUCACAUAGACGCCCGCACAUCAAAUUCACAGCAUCAAAUUAUGGCCGGACUGUGAUGGAGCAGGUUACCUGCUGCGGUUUGUCUUUAAUCCCUGACAGUUUGGCUACAUCCCUUAAAAAAUAGCUGUUUUUGUGGCGAAAAGGAGUCCUCCUGCGGGGUUUUAGCUCCACCGCCUUCUUCUCGACACUCACUGAAUUCAAAUUUCAAAAUUGCUGCUUGUUAAGUGGUAAAUAAACAUGAUCAGAGCCAUGUAGUGCAGGAUGUACACUAGAAUACAUAAUGUAGUUACAUCGUUUUUAGGUAUUGUGGCUCCUCUUGCAGCACUGAUAAAUAUAGAAACAUUCACAGUACACUCACGUCUUCACUUACAGCACUAUUUUAAUGUCAACUUCAUUUAUCACAAUUAUAUUCUGCAUGUCUACCUACAGAAGCAAGGGCUGUGAUGUUUAAUAUUAAAGUCCUGUAAUUCAAUUCUA